AUGGCAGACGACCUUCCACCGGGAUUUCCCCCGUGCUACUCACUGAGUGGUGAUUUAAACCACUCGAAAACGUACGAGCUCCUCAUGAAAGAGGCUGCCAACCUCGUACGCGAGCAAGCAACUCAGGAGCCAUGGCGUCUAAGCCCUCCCCGCAUCUCUCCAGUCCGCACCAACCGCACUCGCGCGCGGCAACUAAAAGAUGCGGCGAGCUUCCUACGCAAGGACACCAUGCCUGUGUCCCGCACACGCACCCGAAAGGCCUCCAGGACUCCGGCCGCCCCGAAGAAUGCACCACAGCCAGGCAAAGCCAGGAAGGGUGAGGCGAGCGCCAUGACAGCACCCCCCACUACCUCUUCAUCCCUGUCAGGAAAGUCAGCCCAGCAGACAACCGCGGCCAUUUUCUCGCCGCCAGCCUCGUCGCAAACGCACCCAGAGAGUCAGCAACGCUCUCCCCAAAACCCGCUUCUGGAGCUAACAGGCAGCAGCAACCGGGAGGAAUGCUGUACACAGCAUGACAAGAUCACGUUCGCACCCUCACAGCAGGAGAGCGAGACAAACAGCCGCGGGUCACCCCCGCCACAGACUUCCCCUUCUUGGAAGCACACCGCGCCCCCUUCCUGCUACCCCGCCGAUCCUCCCGCGGACAGCAGCUCAGAGGAAACCCGCCUGGCCGGUUCGCCUCUUCCCUCCUUUCCCGCAGCCGCUGAUGUCACGAGGCCCCCUCAGAAAAAGGCAGCCUCCUCUCUCGGCACAGCCAAGACAGCGGUGGCCACCCUCGUCCCCAUCCCAGCCAUGGAAUCAACUGUAGCAGACGAACAGGUGAUCCCUCCUGACGCGGCGGCCAAACAGGCGACGGAGAGCGCUGGGAAAGGGAAGCAGCCCCCCUCCCAGCACGCCGCUGGAGGAGGCAGCAUUCCGAGUUGCGUCAUGGGCACGCUGGCUGUAAGCGACGAGGAUGAUGCGUUCCCCUCGCUUCCCUCCACCGGCGCCCCUCCUGGCACACCCCUCUGCGCUCCGCUUGUACCCGCACCACCACGUGGCCCACCACAAGCGAAAGCGAAACCAAACGGUCCCCCACAGCCUCCGGCCACCAACACGGCUGAGCCACGCCCCUCGCCGAAGAGGGCCCGUCCCACGUCCAGCACCAAAGCUUAA